UGUGGCGCAAAUUCACCACUCAGUUUCUAAUGUUCAGUGUUUUUUCCUCGGCCACCGGUGGGCCAUUUGAUUUGACUCGUAUACAGCAAUAUGACACGAGGCGAUCUUCCGAAAGAAAAUACCUCUCGAAAGAUGUUUUACAGGAAACUCUGCCCCUAUUUAAGUGUCGCUAAUGUUGAACUAUUUAUUGUCGUAAACAACUAUCGAAAGUAUAAAACAGAACAACUUUACAGUAAAUUAUCCAACUUUAUCAGCAGAAUACAAUCGAAUAUUUACAUGGCUCUUUACCUAGUUCUUCUGACAAGCGUUAUUAUCGGAUCUUUGAUAGGAAGAGGAUCAGCAGAUAGGAAUAUAAUCGUACGCCCAAUUGCAUCUUCAGCUUGUCAGACGGGAUCCACUAGAGCAGAAAAGUAUACAGCCUGUACCGAAGAUUGUAAAAAGGCACCACAUUCCGGCGAAGUUAAAUAUGGUUUCUGUAAUUUUAAAACAUGUGUUUGCGUUUUCAUUGAGUUUACUUCAUAAGUAUAACUGUAAUUCGAAAUGAAACAGGUUGGCCAUGUGGAUUCUUCAUUAUUUCACGAGUCUAACACCUAAAUAAGAUCAAUUUCCCAUAGAAUGUCUUUCUCUUUGCAAUUCUUCCACACGUUACGUUACCUUAAUCCACGUUUAUUAUUUGAAUAUGUAAAGAUAGCUGUAACUGAAUAAAUUCAUUUCUGUCCAGA